AUAGUGAAGCCAAGUCUCGCCUUAUUACGGUCCCAACAUGAUUUGGACAGUGAUAAAAAUGUGUUGACAAGACAUCUUUUACCCUGGUCUCAAGAGGUGGGUACAAGCACGCUAAAAGACAAUUCUAUCUCUGUUCCGGUUAAACCUAUUGUGGGUUGUACUGUUUCGGGUGGGAUUGUUCAUGUGUAUCGUAUUAGUCCAACGCUUUACGAUCUUUUGAACACGCUUGAAAAUUUACUGCUUCAAUUCGAGCCUACGUCGCCCUUACUGGGAUCUGCAGAAGAUUUCAGGGAAUGGUAUUGUCGUCUCUCGGGUCAAGAGAAGGCAACAGUACAUGGCGAUUUGGUGGAAUCUUACUUGCGAUUGUCAGAAAAAGAACAACUGGCUGUUAUUCAA